GGACGCAGCGGGAGAGCUGCGCGGGCGGCCGGUCGCACGUUGUAUAACGCCAGCGGGCAUUUAUCGCCGUGUAAGGGUGAUAAUCAGUGUACACUUGGUAGUGCCGAGCAUUUUGCCGAGUGCUUGAUUGUAGUCACGGUGUGCGCGAUCACAUGCUCCGGACCUGUAGUGCAGUAUUUCUAGUGCUUGAGUGUUCAUUACACAAGAUAUAUCUCUCCAUAUAUAAGUGAGCACAAACCGCGAACGAAGUUCUUUUUUGAGACUGCAUCGAAUUCUUUAUGCUGUGCAUAAAAGAUAAGUCUGGGACAUGGAAAGACCAGAGUCGUUUAUUGUUCCCGCCCGCCGGUCCCAGUGGCUGGUAAGCGCUUUGGCUUACGCAUUCGGUCUUGACCAAGGCAUCGAAAAUGAAGUCGUCGUUCUUGCCACUGGCAUUGACCAGUACAUCCAGGAAAUUUUCCAUCACCUGGACCUACUGGGCAAGGACCGGGUGUCCAUCUCAGACUUCCAACUUCUGUGCGAGGUGAUUGGUUGUCCAGACUGCGGCAGGAGUCCAGCGGCCGAGGAGCCGGGGGGAAUCGCAGAACUGACAUUCAAAGAGUUUCAUUCCAGACUGGUGCAGUGCUUUAUAGAAGAAGAGACCGAGGAUUACUUUUCCAGGAGAUGGGACAGUCAGGGGAAGUUUGUGGAAGCAGAAGUCCGUGUCUUGCCCCGGAGUGGACUAAGCAUACGCACCAUGUGCACGGAGUGCUUCCAAAAGCGACCGGUGACAGAGAUCUACCAUUCUGUCAUGUUCAAGCAGGGCAAGCCUUGCACUCCCGGUGACGACACGUCAGAGGCAGUUACUCCAACCCUGAAUGGUACACCCUUGGAGGGCCUGAACAGUUCGGGGACUUCUGAUUCUGCCGAAUGCCGGUGUACAAGACAAGAAAUCAGUACAAGAAAUCAGCGAGAAGUGAUGAAGCUGCAGCAGGAAAACGACGGCCUCAGAGAGAUCAUUGAAGACAUGCGGCAGGCCCUGCAGAGCAGCGAUGCACGCCACCUGGCCCUGUUGGUGUCCCUCCGCAAGAUGCAGAUGGCGAUGAAGGACGACCACCAGGUUUUCCCACCGCUGCCACCAAAGCUCCCUGGACAUUCCUUCAUACGGCCGCAGAAUGCAGUCACCUUGUCGCGAGAGCUGAGCCGUCUCCGGGACGAUCGAGACAGGCAACUGGAGGAGGCAAUCCGGUACACGCAGUCCUUGGAAGCAGAUCUUUGGCAAUCGAGAAGGGACCAGGUCCACCUGGGUCAAGCCAGGUCGUUGCUGUUGGGUCAGCGGCAGUCGCUGGCUCAGCGUCUGUGCUCUACCAGGGAAACACUUAGCCGGGGUCUGGAGAGGGUCCGUGAGCUAGAGAAGCAAAUAGAGGGGAUGGAGGACGUGCAGACCAAAGCAAAACAGCUGGCUGAAUGGAAGCAACGCCACAGCGAAGAACCGAUGCCUAAAGAAAAACCCUCCACCAAGUGCUCGGGAGACUCUGGCGGUGCUUCGGAGGCCUCCGGGAUCUCGACCUCGGAAGAGUCCGGUGGCUCUUCGGAAGAGUCUGGUGGAUCAUCCGAGGACUCUGGUGGCGAUCCCCUAGCCGGUAUGGACUCGGGCUGCGCGUCUGACAGCGACAGGGGUUCACCCACCUCGGCAGGUAGCGAAGCCGAUAGCAGCUCGCUGGGAAGUGGCAGCAUAUCUGACGAAGAAUCGGCCUGGCAGGAAGAGGCCAAUAACAACAAUAACAACAACACUAACAACAACAACACCGAUGGCAAUUGCGCAAACUCAACACUGACUGGAGGACUGAACGACGCUGAUUGGCUGAUCAAAUUGACUCAGGUGCAGAAGCACCUGCUGGAGACUGAGGUCGAGAAGGGCCAAGCGGAGGGCAAGUUCAAGCAGAUCCGAGCCGAUUUAUUGCACGAGUUGAACACCAAACUGCAAGAGAACGAACAGUACAAGACGGAGAUCCAGUCUCUGGAGACGGAGCGAGUGCGCUUGUCGGUCAUCGAGUCCACGGUAGGAGAGGUCAUCACGCUACUGCGCAAACUCCGUAGCCUGAAUCUGUCCCGUCGGUCAGCCGGCAAGAUCCUCAUGGACACGUUGGAAGUGUGCCUCCAAGACAACUGUAGAUCAGACUCAGAGAACGAGGUGAGAAACUUUCUGAACUUUCUACAUAAGCAGUUAAUGCAUCACGAUCUUCUUCGAUUCAGCGGGCCACGGUCGGGGCUCAGAGGCACCCAGUCGACCCCGAACAGCCCCCUCAUGCAGCGGCGGUCAUCGGCGUCGGCCGCUGUGUCCUCCCCGGCGGGCCGGAGCUCGAGGCUUAGCACGGACUUCUACCAGUUGGACAGCACGGCCAAGAAGGUCUGCAGAGGCGCGCCGUCGACGUCAUCAGCCUCGACGGAGGACGUGGAAGGCAUGAUGAUGUGCAACGGCUACGCUGAGAGCCCAACACUGGACGUGUAAGAGUGGACGCGGAGAAUCCCAAUACGGCC